GGAAGUCUCCAUCAUCAUGUGACUAUACUGACUGUUUCAUGACGACUUAGGCCUUGACCAUGACUCUCAGUUCAGUUACAUUACACAGAAGAGUCAUUGGAGGAAGGCCUCUUCUGUAGAGGGGAGUUUCGUUAAGAGCCGCAAUGCUCGGUCUGAACAUUAACACGAGUCCCUUGCAGUAUUGGAAGCAUAAGGACAUUUCAUAUCGUAAAUAAUAAUAAAACAAAGUUACAUUGAUACACACCUUUGUAUAGGGUUAGGGUUCCCACACGGACAUAUUUCCAUGUUACAGCGCUUGUUUACGGGAGACAGUGGACUGACUACCUGUGCUAAUUAGCUAUCUGCGUCUCUGAACACCUGUGUGUAAAUGAAAGACCGAAGCCACACACGUCACUGAAACGUGCUGCAACUGUGCUAAACCCGGUUAAAACAGUGUACACUAAGUGUGUAUUCUGCAUUUGUGAAAUUAUUUUGAUGUGAUAUGAAAGUAAAGGGAUUUAUGUUUCUAGAACCGUACUGCAAUUGAGAAUCUAGUCACGUUUAUAUGGAGUAUUUAGCUGUUUUACCUUCCAGGGCCAAUUCGCCCCUUAAACAACAUGUAAGGUCCUUGGACUACGGAGUAACGUUAGGCGCUUUUAGUCUAAUAUUGGGCUAAUGAUGACUGCGUGCUUUAUAGCUCGUACCGUAAAUGAAGACUGAAUUCAAGUGUAUCUCUCUGAAUUGUCUAUAAACAGUCAAUGUGAAAAGAAUGUGAUUGUGUUUGAUUCAAAUAAACAAAUCAGUGUAUUUCAGUGAAAUCAGGUAAAACUCUACACGGCUGACACUUUAAUCUAAAAGUUACACACUCCUGAACUGAUGAGCGCUCUUUUUCUUCGUCCCGCCCCCUAGCAGGUGGAUCGUCCUCAAGUGAAGAUCGUAAAAACUCAGGUACAUCUCAUCAGAGCGCAGACUUCACAGUCGGACCUACUUCCAAACAACUACAUUUUCCCCUCAGCUUCGUUUGGAGUUGCUCUCUCCGUCUUUGGUGUUUCUUGAAACGACGGCAUUAAAGAGCACCGAAAAGUGAAAUUAAUGGACGUUUGCUGAAGUUCCGAGAAAGUGAGGUGGUCUAAGCCAAAGCUGCUGUAGAGAUGAGUUGGGUGGCUCUGUACGCCCAGCUGGGCGGGGUGAACAAACACUCCACCAGCCUGGGGAAGAUAUGGCUGUCUGUCCUAUUCAUCUUCCGUAUCACCAUCCUAGUACUGGCUGCAGAGAGCGUGUGGGGAGACGAGCAGUCUGACUUCAUCUGCAACACCCAGCAGCCUGGCUGUAAGAACGUCUGCUAUGACCACUUCUUCCCUGUGUCGCACAUCCGUCUCUGGUGCCUGCAGCUGAUCUUUGUGUCUACACCGGCCCUGUUGGUGGCCAUGCACGUGACUUACAGGAAGCGUGGGGACAAGAGGCACAUCAUCUCGACGGCCUUGCACAGCGGUGGUGAUGACAAGACCAGGCAGGUGGACCUAGAGGCCCUGAAGAGGAGUCGUCUGCCCAUCACAGGGCCUCUGUGGUGGACGUACACCUGCAGCCUGUUCUUCCGCCUGAUUUUUGAGGCUGGCUUUAUGUACGCCCUCUACUUUGUUUACGAUGGCUUCGCGAUGCCUCGUCUGGUGAAGUGUGAGCAGUGGCCCUGCCCCAACAAGGUGGACUGCUUCAUCUCACGACCCACAGAGAAGACCAUCUUCACCAUCUUCAUGGUGGCUUCGUCUGCCAUCUGCAUGGUUCUCAACGUAGCCGAGCUGGCCUACCUCAUCGUCAAGGCCCUGAUGAGGUGCUCCACCAGGAUGUCCAAGAAGAGCCCUGCCUACGCUCACCCCGAUCACAUAACCACGGACAAGUCCCUACUACAGAAUAAAAAGAACGAGAUGCUGCUGUCCUCUCUUACAGAUUCCUCCAGCAACAAGACUGUGUGAGCCCAGCAUAGUGGCCAUGUUCUUCCCCAUUUAGACUACAGAGAACUAGGGAGUAGAAACGUAUCAGUGUUUUGUUACCAUGAGAAGAGAACAUACUUGUGCGGACAUACCUGUAGCAGCUGAGAGGAUUGGCCUAACCCUAAGUCUGCUUUUCUAGAGCAGUUUGCCAAUUCCAGUCCUCGAGUACCCCCAACAGCAGACGUUAUUGUUGUAGCCCUGGACAAACAUGCCCGAUUCAACUCAUUGAGGGAUUGAUAAUUAGUUGACAAGUUGAAUCAGAUGUGCUUGUCCAAUGUGUAUUUUUGGGGGUACUCGAGGACUGGAGUUGGGGAACACUGUCGUAGAGGAUAUUUCUCUCUCUGUGCCUUCCACUAUGACUGACCCAUGGGGUAAUGUUUUAGCAUUUUUUAAAUGUAUUUUUUUUAUUUAUCUUGGUGCUUGUAUGUUUGAGCCACAUGUCUGUUUGGGAGGUUGAACAGCAGUGACAAAUGGGUCUAGAUCGCCACCUUCUGGUUUACAAUGAGCUUGCAGGAGUUUGUUAAUGUUUUAUUGUGGAGCGCAACCAGAAUUGGUUAAUGUUACUUCUACAGCUUUUGUAGAUAACUUUACCAAAGCAGAAACUCACAAGUGUGCAGUUUAGCUCCAAGUUCUAUUUGAGGCUCACACCGGCGAAGGAAAUGUAUUGAGUAACAAAGCAAUUUUAAAACAGUGCCUUAGUCUAUUAGCGGUGUCAAAUAGUAUGAUGUAGAUGAUGCUGUAUAUUGAGCAUUUACAUUUUAGUAAUUUAGCAGAUGCUCUUAUCCAGAGAAAUGUACAGUAGUGAAUGCAUACCUUUUCACAUUUGUUCGUACCGGUCCCCUGUGGGAAUUGAACCCACAAGCCUGGCAUUGCAAGUGCCACGCUCUACCAACUGAGCCACACAGAGCACAAUGUUUUUAGGUAGCAUGGCUGAUACGCUUGAACAUUCUGGACAGAUUUCCUGGACCCAAAUGAGGCCUAUUCCUGUACUUAAAAAUCAUGCUCAAUGGGGAAUAUCCAUUAGAAGUGCUUCUUGGUCCAGGAGUAGGCUUAAGCUGGGUACUGGAAACUGACCCUCUGAGCAUUAUGCCAACUGAGACUGACGUCUAGCCUAUUGUUGUCAAGACUGAUUGUAAACCUGGCUUCAGAGCCUAUCAUCUUUCAGCUUGUUCCUUAUUUUAGGCACUGAACUUAUCACUGCACCUCUUUCAAUGUGAGUUAGCGGGCUGAUCUAUAGGCAAAUUGGCCUAAUGUGCUUUGUCCAAAAAUGCAUGUAGAAGUUGGACCAUAAUAACUUGUAUCACUGUAGUGACAAUCUGACUGUUACCUGUGAAAAGGUAAGGACAGUUUUAGCAAUGAGAUGCAUCACACACAUUUGUGAAAGCACUUUGUGGGCUUACUUUCUCUCACAAUCUUUACAGAUGUAUGGGGGCUUUUUGUCUGUUUUAUAUUGACUGUUUGGAGGAAAUGCAAAAUUCAGUAGUACAAAUCAUUCUUGGACAUUUUUGAAAGCCUCAACAUUGUCACUUGCUUCUUUACAGCAGCUAGAGCCUAGCUAUUAAUGUACAGAUUUCUAAACUGCAUGUUUUUUGAAAGAAGGUUGUUUUGUAUUUUUUAUUAGAUCUGCACUUUGACCCUGGGUCUUGACUUUUAAUAAAAAAAACUGAAAUGAUA